AUGUCGUCGACAUCUGGACAAUUUUUAACGAUUCAUCAUAAUGGCGAAGCCGACCAAAUAUCUAAUUCAUUGGAUUUAGCUUCAGUCACAUCAUCAUCGCCAAAUAUUGAUACUGAUUUCAAUGUAACAGAUAAAUUAGAAUAUUUAUCACAAUUACUUAAAGAUAAAAGACAACUUGCUGCCGUGCCCAGUAUGUUUAUUCAUAUCGAUCGUUUACUUGAUCAAGAAAUAAACACCGUUCGAUUGGAUCUAUUCAAUGCAAAUUCUCAUCCUAAAAUCUCAUUGCCUGAACCUCAGGGAGAAAAGAAAAUUUUUCAAGAGAAAAUUUUUAUUCCAGUCCACGAAUUUCCUGAAUUUAAUUUCGUUGGCCGUAUUUUGGGUCCAAGAGGAAUGACAGCAAAACAACUUGAAACGGAUACAAGUUGUAAAAUAAUGGUCCGUGGUCGUGGCUCGAUGAGAGAUAAACAAAAGGAAAAUGAAAAUCGUGGCAAACCGAAUUGGGAACAUCUAAAUGAAGAUCUUCAUGUAUUAAUUCAAUGUGAAGAUUAUGAAAAUCGUGCACUAGCUAAAUUAGAACAAGCUAAAGACGAAAUCAGCAAACUAUUAAAACCAACUGCUGAAGGUGAAGAUUAUUUAAAAAAGAAGCAACUAACAGAAUUAGCUAUUAUUAAUGGAACCUAUCGUGAACCAAAUUUAUUUUUAAAAAAAUUUCCAUUUCAAAAUAAUCAAAUGCCCAUCGGUGCUCCAUUAAUUCUCACGCCACGUAUACAACAAAAUUUUCUUACAACACACAUGCAAUCAAAUGGAACACCAACAUUUUUUACUACAACAGAAACACAGCCAACGUUAACGACAAUUCAACAAAAUUCACUUUUACAAAAUAAUGAUUCAAAUUUCGUUCAAUUAUUUGCACCGUUACAAACAUUAGACCAAAUGGGAGGUCUACUAAGUAAUGGUACACAUUUAUUUGAAUAUACAAAUCAAACUGCAUUUCCUUUUCUCACGACAACACAAUCAACAGGUGUAGCUACUAGAUCAACAACAAACAAUCCUACAGGAAAAAUCACACCAGCAGCAACAGGCCCUUCUGUCUCUGCCCGGUAUCAACCUUACACAAUUCAUCCUCCUGGUUUUAAUCGAUCUUAA